AUGGAGUUUGAGAAAUUUAUGGAGGUAGGAAAAACCUUAGGCCUGGAGAAAGCAGAGCUGCAGAAAUUUGUUAAAGAGCAGAUGGAAGAAUUGAAGGAACUAAAGAGAUUAGAAAGGGAAGAUCGAUUAAAGGAAAGAGAAGCAGCCAAAGAACUAGUGGAAAUGGAAGCCGCCAAAGAGUUAAGGGAAAGAGAUGUUGCUAGAGAGUUGGCAGAAAUCAAGGAGAGGCAGUGGGCAAGUGAAAGAGAGGAGCGAGAACGAGAAAGACAGUUUGAAUUAACUAAGCUGGAAAUGGAGACAGGUAACCGAGCAGGUUUGUUGAAAUCAAAUGAUGUAAGUGUUCAGAAAGUUAAAUUGAAAAUGAAUGUAUUUCAAGAUGGUAGAGAUGACAUGGAUGCUUACUUGACAAGCUUUGAAAGGAUGUCCAUAGCUCAGAAGUCACCACAGAAGGAUUGGGCAAUUCACUUAGGAACCUUAUUGACAGGUAAAGCUAGAGAUGUAUAUGUAAGGCUAAAUAGCGAAGAUGCGAUGGAUUAUGAUAAACUAAAGAAUGCUUUGUUACAUAGAUACGAUUUGACGCAGGAAGGAUUUAGACAGAAGUUCAGAACAGCGAAAGUAGAAGUAGGAGAAACAUACACACAGUUUCUGAGUAGAAUGACAGGUUAUGUACAUAGGUGGAUUAAAAUGAGUGGAAUUAAUCAAGAUUUUGAAGGAUUGUUUGAUUUAUUAUUGAGGGAACAGCUUUUGAAUUCUGCAAGUACUGAAUUAACAUUGUAUUUAAAAGAGAGAACACCAGAGAGCGCAGAUAAAAUGGCGAGUUUAGCAGAGACAUUUGUAGAAGCCAGAAAAGGAGCAGUCCACAGCAUAAAACAGGAAGAAAGAGACCGGAGACAGUAUGUAGGAGGAGAAAGAGGACGAAUACCGGGUAAGAACUUUUCAAACAACUAUAAUUCACACACUAAUUCACACAGAUGUAGUGAAUCUCAUCGGCCAUGGGCACCCAAGUGUUUUGUUUGUGAUAAAAAGGGUCAUAUAGCCAGAGAAUGUCCAAAUAGGAACAAAUCGACAAGAGAGAUACGUGAUAAAGAGGUUAUUGCAUGUAUGGUUUCAAUGAAGAAAAACAGAUUAGUGGAAAGAGACGAUAGCAAUAUGAAUGUGUUUGUAGGGACAAACUUAGGAAAAGAUACUACCAUCAUUAGAGAUACAGGAUGUUCCACAGUAGUGAUCAGGAAGUGUUUAGUACCUGAGAAUGACAUGACAGGAGAGAUAGGUAGUUAUGUGACUUUAGAUGGCGAGGUGAAAGAAGCCCCAUGGUGUGAGACUUACAUCAAAACGCCUUAUUACACAGGGAAAGUCAGAGCUAUGGUUUUAGAUAAUCCCAUAUAUGAUAUUGUCAUUGGAAACGUGAUAGGAGCUAAAGAUGCCACGAAGAGAGAUAUAGCACAGACAAUAGGAAUCAUGGAGACAAGAGCCCAAGUGAAGAGGAGAAAUCAGAAAAUGCAGCCAUUGAUUACACCAACAAUACAGAUUGAAGGAGUGAAUCCUGAACAGAUCCGAGCUGAGCAGCGAAAAGAUGAAGGUUUGGAAAAAUUAUUUAAAUUAGCAGAAGCCGGGGAAGAAACGCUAAAAGGGAGAAACUUUUCAAAAUUUGUAAUUGAAAAUGAAUUGCUUAAAAGAAAGUCGCAGUCACCUAAUGUUGAACAUGGAAAGUUAUUUGAUCAACUUGUAGUACCAACGAAGUUAAGAGUCAAAGUGAUGAGAGUUGCUCAUGAAACAGUCUUGGCAGGACAUAUGGCUACACAGAAAACGAUCAAUAGGGUACAACGUCAUUUUUAUUGGCCUGGAUUACAAGGGGAUAUUCGCAGGUUUUGCCAGUCAUGCGAUGUUUGCCAAAGAACAAUUCCUAAAGGUAGAGUAGGGAAAGCUUUAUUAGGAAAGAUGCCAGUUAUUGAUGUGCCAUUUGAAAGAGUAGCAGUAGAUUUAGUAGGACCCAUAGAUCCGAUGACUGACAAAAAGAACAGAUAUAUUUUGGUUGUUGUGGAUUUUGCAACUAGGUAUCCUGAAGCAGUGGCUUUGAAGAAUAUUGACACCAGAACAGUAGCGGAGGCAUUAUUGGGAGUGUUUGGAAGAGUUGGAAUGCCAAAAGAGAUUCUUACUGACCGAGGAACUCAAUUUACAUCAGACAUGAUGAAGGAGGUAUGUAGAUUGUUAUCUAUGAAGCAAUUAACAACCACUCCUUAUCACCCCAUGUGUAACGGCCUUGUUGAGAGAUUUAACGGGACAUUAAAAUCAAUGCUUAAAAAGAUGUGUAUUGAAAGACCAAAGGAUUGGGAUCGAUAUAUAGCACCUUUGCUGUUCGCUUACAGGGAGGUACCGCAAGAUAGCAUAGGAUUUUCUCCGUUUGAAUUGCUUUAUGGUAGAACAGUGAGAGGACCAAUGCAGAUUCUGAAAGAAUUGUGGACAGAUGAAAUAACAGAUCCAGAAAUAAAGACAACAUAUCAGUAUGUCAUUGAUCUGAGAGAGAGGCUGGAGGAAACGUGUAUGCUGGCACACAACGAGUUAGAAAAAUCAUCAACGAGAUAUAGAAAAUACUUCAAUUCGAAGGCGAAGGACAGACAGCUGAAGGUUGGUGAUCAGGUAUUGUUGCUUUUACCUAAAUACAAGAACAAGUUAGAAAUGAUGUGGCAGGGACCAAACAGGAUAGUAGAGAAGUUGGGAAGUUUAGAUUACAGAAUAAAGAUGGACAACGGGAAAGUAAAAACCUUUCAUGUGAAUAUGCUAAAGAAAUAUUUGGACAGACCAAAGGAAGAGAAUAGAGAAAGGAUAGAAACAGUUUGUGUAGCAGUAGUAGAAGAGGAAGUCGUUGAAGGGGAAUGUACAGAAAAGUUAGAAGGGAAGUUGGGUAUUGUAUUACCAUCGUUAGUUAAGACAGAGACAUGGGAAAGAUGUGAACUUUCAAGUGAUUUAGAUAGGAAACAAAUCCAAGAUGUGAAAGGUGUACUGCAAACAUUCCAAGAUGUAUUAUCAGAUAAACCUGGAAGAACUGAUCUGGAAACAUUCAAAAUAGAAUUAACUUCUGAAGAACCUGUUAGAUUAAAACCAUAUCCAAUACCGUUUAGCUUGACGAAGGUAGUGAAAGAGGAAGUAGAUCAAAUGCUAGAACUUGAUGUGAUUGAGAAAUCUCACUCAGCAUAUGCUAGUCCCAUAGUGCUAGUGAAAAAGAAAGAAGGGACAUAUCGAUUUUGUACUGAUUAUAGGAGAUUGAACCAAAUUGUUGUAUAUGAUGCAGAACCCAUUCCUAAUAUUGAUGAAUUACUCAGUAAAAUUUCAGGAGCAAAUUCUUCACAAAAAUUGAUCUUUGCAAGGGAUACUGGCAGAUUCCAGUGGAAGAAGAUUCGAGAGAUGCAACAGCGUUCGUUACACCAAAUGGUCCGUAUCAUUGGAAGGUAA